AUGGCAGCGUCAAAGGUCGCCAUCGUCACCGGGGCGGCAGGAGGUAUCGGCCUACCCAUGUGUAGGGUCUUGCUCGGCAAAGGAUAUCAUGUCGUUCUCGCCGACAUUAACCAAAAAACUGGCGCAGAAGCCCAGAAGACUUUGGGUGACAAGACACUCUUCAUACAGUGUGAUCUUGCAGAUUGGGGCUCUCAUGCGGCCAUGUUCAGAAAGGCUUUCGAGUGGCACGGCCGAAUCGAUGCGUGCGUUGCAAACGCUGGCAUCGUGGAAAAGGAGAAGUUCUACACCAUCCCAAAUAUUGAGCAAGAACCCGAGAAGCCGAAUCUCCUGGUCAUCGACGUCGACCUGAACGCCGUCAUCUACGGCCUGAAGCUCUUCAGACACUACUGGAAGAAGAGUGGCAAUCCUGGGGUGGGUCGUAUGAUCAUUACCAGCAGCAUGGCUGGAAUAUACGCUUUCACUGCAGCGCCGUUGUAUUCUGCCGCCAAACAUGGGAUCGUUGGGCUCGUGAGAGCAGCCAGCCAUGGACUUCGCAAGAACGAGGACAUCACCAUCAAUACAAUCUGCCCAGGCCCGGUGGACACUGGUAUCAGCGAGGAGAUGAAGAAAGUGGUGCCUGGGCAUCGUUGGACUCCGAUGAGCGUUGUGUUGGGCGCAUUCGAGAAAUUCCUCGAUGAAGAGAUUACUGGACAAUGUGCCGAAGCCUCUAACAAGCAGUUCUAUCUGCGCGAUGUUGUGGAAUAUUCAGACGAAAAUGCGGAAUUUUUGAUCGAGGACAUGAAGAAGCAUGUCUGA